AUGUGGUGGUACGUUGCCUUUAUUCUUCCUUUUGCUAAUUUCCUUUCAUUAGCUAAUGCAAUGGCAAAUUCUUUCUCAUCCGUUUGUUUUUUGCCUAAAAGUACUGGACCCUGCCGCGGUAGAAUUAAACGUUUCUUUUUCGACAGUGAAGCAGGCAAAUGUGCAGAAUUUAUCUAUGGUGGAUGCAUGGGCAAUGCCAACAACUUUUUUACAAUGGAGGAAUGUGUAUCUACGUGUACUAAUAUGGUAUAUGACAAACGUUCUUAA